ACUCCCAGCCCCCCCAUGCCGAGGUCCGCCUUGUCAAUCAUCUCCUUUUGUCACCGGCUCAGCAAACAGGAGAGAAAACGGAGCUUCAUGGGAAGCAGUCGCAACAGUUGGUCCCACACGCCCUUCCCCAAGUUGGAGCUGGGCCUGGGGUCCCGGCCUGCGACGCCCCGGGAGCUUCCUGCCUGCUCCAUCUGCCUGGAGAGGCUGCGGGAACCCAUCUCGCUGGACUGCGGCCAUGACUUCUGCACGCGCUGCUUCAGCACACACCGCGUCCCCGGCUGCGAGCCGCCCUGCUGCCCCGAGUGCCGGAAAAUCUGCAAGCAGAAGCGGGGCCUCCGGAGUCUGGGGGAGAAGAUGAAGCUCCUGCCGCAGAGGCCUCUGCCCGCUGUGCUGCAGGAGACCUGUGCUGUGAGGGCCGAGCCACUGCUGCUGGUGCGAAUCAAUGCCUCGGGGGGCCUCAUCCUGAGGAUGGGGGCCAUCAACCGUUGCCUGAAGCACCCCCUGGCCAGGGACACCCCUGUCUGCCUCCUGGCUGUCCUGGGGGAGCAGCACUCAGGGAAGGCCUUCCUCCUCAACCACCUGCUCCGGGGCCUGCCCGGCCUGGAGUCAGGGGAGGGCGGCUGGCCAAGAGGAGGGGGGUCCCUGCAGGGAUUCAGGUGGGGUACCAAUAGCCUCAUGAGGGGCGUAUGGAUGUGGAGUCACCCCUUCCUGCUGGGGAAGGAGGGGAGGAAGGUGGCCGUGUUCCUGGUGGACACAGGGGACGCCAUGAGCCCAGAGCUGAGCAGAGAAACCAGGACCAAGCUCUGUGCCCUCACCACGAUGCUGAGCUCCUACCAGAUCCUCAACACCUCCCCGGAGCUGAAGGAUACAGACCUGGAAUAUUUGGAGAUGUUUGUCCGUGUGGCCGAGGUGAUGGGCAGGCAUUAUGGGAUGGUGCCAAUCCAGCACCUAGAUCUCUUAGUGCGUGACUCAUCCCACUCCAACAAGGCCGGGCUGGGCUGCGUGGGUGACAUCAUCCAGAAAUCCUCCGGCAAGUACCCCAAGGUUCAGGAGCUGCUCCAAGGGAGGCGAGCCCGCUGUUACCUCCUGCCCGCUCUGGGGCGGCAGUGGGCCAGCAAAGGACAUGGAAGCCCCGGCGACACAGAUGACGAUUUGGGCCACCUCUGUGCCUACGUGGCAGAUGUGCUGAGCGCAGCCCCCCAGCACGCCAAGAGCCGCUGCCAGGGCUACUGGAGCGAGGGCCGCCCGGUGGCCAGGGGGGACAGACGCCUGCUCACGGGGCAGCAGUUAGCUCAGGAAAUCAAGAACCUCUCGGGCUGGAUGGGGAGGACUGGGCCCGGGUUCGCCUCCGCAGACGAGAUGGCCGCCCAGCUGCACGACUUGAGGACGGUGGAAGCUGCCAAGAAGGAGUUCGAGGAGUACGUGCGGCAGCAGGACGUGGCCACCAAGCGCAUUUUCUCCGCGCUCCGGGUGCUGCCCGACACCAUGCGCAACCUCCUGGCCGCGCAGAAGGAUGCCAUCCUGGCCCGCCACGGGGCCGCCCUGCUGUGCAAGGGCAGAGAGCAGACCCUGGACGCCCUGGAGGCCGAGCUGCAGGCCGAGGCCAAGGUCUUCAUGGACUCGUACACCAUGCGCUUCUGUGGCCACCUGGCCGCCGUAGGGGGCGCCGUCGGGGCCGGGCUUAUGGGCCUGGCGGGUGGCGUGGUGGGCGCGGGCAUGGCCGCGGCCGCGCUGGCUGCCGAGGCCGGGAUGGUGGCGGCCGGAGCCGCGGUGGGGGCCACGGGGGCCGCCGUGGUCGGGGGCGGCGUGGGCGCUGGCUUGGCUGCCACUGUGGGCUGCAUGGAGAAGGAGGACGACGACAGGGUGCAGGAAGGGGACCGAGAGCCCCUGCUGCAGGAAGAGUGA